UCUGCAUAACAUUUAAUUAUUUGCAGAACCUAACCGAUCCAGUGUUGCAACAACUGCAGCAUCUUCAACGUUUGCUAUCCAAAGGAGCGGACGCUGCUACGGUCAGGGCUGAGCAAGUGCAUUUCGACAAAAAACUUCUCGACUUUGAUUAUGGCGAUGAUGAGGAAGAAGUAAAUCCCAGUCCAAGACCGACCCAGUCCGGUUCAUCAUCUGCCGACCCAGUAGCUAGCCUUCUGACUAAUCCAGAAGUGCUGAGGCAACUUCAGACACUGCAAAGCACAUUGGCAGGCGCUGUGAACCCACCGUCUGUAGAAUCAGAGAAUGACCGAAUGAAGAAAUUACAUGAAAUGAAGCUGCAAGAAGAUGAAUUUGAUAAACGUUUAGCUCAAACUGUGCCUAACCUACCUUUCGCAGCCGAGUGUGACUUCAAGUUAAGUUCAACGACGAGUAUGAUCGGGGGGCUUCAUUUCAUUGCACCUCAACCAGAGAUCCAAAUAGGACAAGGAUACGAAAUCCAGAAUGAUACUAAUACAUUUUAUGGUAGUCAGCCUGUCACCAAUGAAGUUGAAGUAAUCAACUUGGAUCAUGAUGAUUCACAUUCAGAAGAUGAACGAUACAAACGGAAAAGAAGCCGUUCACGAUCACGCGAUAGAGGCAGAGAAAAAGACAGACGACGAAGAACGAGAAGUAGAUCUAGAUCUAGGGGUAGAAGGCAUAGGUCUAAAUCUAAAGAUAGGAAAGAAAAGGAGAAGCGCGAAAAGCAAAAGGAAACAGAAAAGGACAAGGAGCGAAAAAAAAGAGGGUUACCUGCUAUGAAAAGCAACAAUUUGAGCGUGUGCAGCACUACUUUGUGGGUGGGGCAUCUUUCCAAAUUAGUUCACCAAGAUGAUCUGUCAAAUACCUUCGGCGAAUUUGGUGAUAUUGUGAGUAUCGAUUUAAUAUCACCUCGAGGAUGUGCGUUUAUUGUUAUGCAUCGGAGGCAAGACGCAGCAAGAUGUCUUGCAAAAUUGAAAAACUAUAAUCUACAUGGAAAAGCCAUAACGAUUGCUUGGGCUCCUGGAAAGGGAGUGAAAGGCAAAGAUCUAAAGGAUUAUUGGGAAGGUGAUUUAGGAGUGUCUUAUAUCCCAUAUAACAAACUUAGGCCAGACAUGGAUUUGGAAGCUUUGGAAGACGGUGGUAUGAUCGAUGAAGAUUCUAUGCCUGAUUGGAUGAAGAUGAAAGUUGAAGAAAGUGCAAAGAAGAAAGUUGCAGAUUUGACACCAUUUUUAAUGGGAGCUGGUGACACAUCUAAUCAUUCAACAAUCGAUACCAGCCAGCCUCCUCCACUCCCACCUUCUAGUCUCAUGCAACCCCCAAUGCUCUCUAUGGUAAAUCCGUUUCAAAUGAAUAACCGAUUUUUGAGCAUGAUUCCUAACAUGGCAAACUUGGCUAAUUUGCCAUUGGGAGUGCCGCCACCCAAUAUGGCACCUCCUUCUAUAAUGUCUAAUUUGGGAUUAGGAGUCGGGUCGCCUUUUCAAGGACCUCCCGGGUUUAUUCCGCCUGGAAUGCCGCCUCCACAGCAGCAAGAGCAAAAGCCAAAUGCACAACCUUCCUCAGAUGUAAAACUGCGUAAUCUGAGCGAGUCUUUAAUGAACUUGACGGGGCAACCGUUGGGUUUACCACCUCAACUUCCAACGCAUCUUCCGCCUCCGCCUUUGCAUUCGCUUAUGGACGAUAGUAUGGACGUUGAAAUGGAAGAUGCAGUACAUCCGGACUUGAACAAACCGCCACCAAAUAUUGCAUUGAGCGAUCAGCUUCAAGCUGCACUGAAUGUCCCUUUUAUUAGAGACAACAGGCGAGAUGACUCUCGCUUCUCACCUUCCAGGAGAGAUGGACGAGAUAACAAGAGAGAUCGCAGCAAUGAAAGAGGUCGGAGGAGGAGUAGGAGCAGGGAACGAGAUCAAAACAGAGACCGGGAUAGAAAUGGAGCACGUGAUCGCGAGCGUCGAGAUAGAGACAGGGAUUUCAGCAGAGGCGGCCGAGAUAGAGAUCGCCGUGGGGGCGACAGAGAUCGUGUUAAUAGAUGGGGUGCAGUAGAUCGCAGAGAUGACCGAGGUUCGUCGGAUCGUCGAGAUAGUGGUUAUGAUCGCCGCGCAGGUCCUCUUGGUCGACGUGAUACAAAUGAUAGACGAGACGAUUCUUUUGAGAGGAGAGAUGCGGCUCGAUCUACUGAACGGAGAGAUUCUGUUGAUACGCGAGAGAAAAAUGACAGAUCAAAAACACUUAAUGACCGACUUAAAGAAAUGGCUGGUAUUAACUUCGAUAACGCGGCGGAUCAAAGCGAACGGAAAGCUUCUCCCCGAAAUCUAGGAGCUUCCGAGGCAAAAGCUGAUUCUCCAAAGGAAGGAGGAUUACGUUUUGAACCACCUGUUAGUGUUUCAGAAGACAUUUUUUCAAGUUUACCACCUGAGACCGGACGAGAAGAUAGAUCAUCCACGGAUUUAGUACGAAAUCCAAGUCCGCCCGAUAAUAAAUCAGCUGAUUUAAAUAACGAAGGAGUACCUCAAGGCAAUAAUGAAUCAUCAGUUACUCCAUGCAAUGAAAAUGAAGAUAGUCUACAGUUAUUGACCUCGUCAAGAGGAAUUGAGUUGGGUUCUGAUUUGCAAGAUUCCAAGCAAUUUGGUCGAGAAAGAUAUGAAACUGGUGGUUCUAAAGAAUUCGGCUUUGGCGGACCGAGAUCAUUUGAUGGGGAUGGAUUAGGCUCUUUCGGCGCUUUUGGACCUGAAGGACCGGACUCCUUUAGGCCUGACGGUCCGUGUCAUUUUGCACCUGAUAAACCUCCAUUUAGAGGUCCUUCGUUUGGAGAUGAAGGGUUUGGAAUUCCUCCUGAUCGAAUUGACGGAUUUAGUUCUAAUUUUCCACCACCCGGAUAUGAAGGACCUCCAGAAAGAUUUAUCAGAGGUGGUAGAAGGGGUCGAGGACGAGGUCGUGGAAGAGGAAGAGAUGGUCCAGAAUUUUUCCCUCGUGACGAUUUUGGUCCCCCUGUAAUGGAUGAAGGUUAUGGCCCACCAAUGCGCGAAGAAUUCGGACCUCCACUGAGAAGCGAUUAUGGCCCGCCGAUGAGAGAUGAUUUUGGUCCGCCUAUUCGAGACGAUUUUGGUCCGCCAAUUCGAGACGAUUUUGGUCCACCGAUGAGAGACGAUUUUGGGCCACCAAUGAGAGACGAUUUUGGGUCGAGAGCAGCGUCGUUCCGAGAGGGUCCAUCUGGAUUCAACGCCGAUUUUGAUGGAGGUCCACCUGAGUUCUUCAGGGGAGGCCCUAGGGGACGCCCAUUUGUUGAUCCUUUCCACCAUCGUGGAAGAGGUCGUGGUUUUAGAGGAGGGCGAGGACGGCAUGAGUUUGCAGAUGGUCCUCCUCCAGAUUUUUUCAAUGGACCCCCAGGAACACAUUUUGAAAGUGGUCCUCCAUAUGAGGAUGCUCCUCCGUUUGGAGAAGUACGAACUCAAUCUGCGGACUUCGGGAGCGAGCCUGAUGGACGCAAGGAUCGAAGUACACGGAAGGAAAGACUUUCCCGGUGGGAAGGUGAGCCGGAACAAGGGGAAGUUAACCAGAAUGUUGAGACAUUGCCUGCUUGCCCAGAUGGUAAGUUAUUGCGCCAAUAUUUAUUAGAAAGGUUUUUUCGAAUGCUUCGAGAUUUAGUCUUGGAUUCAUAAUUCUUGCGACAUACAAAAUCUACUUGGUAACUUCGAAGACUGGUUUAAUGUUUUAGCAAAAAAAUCACAGAAAUGCACGCGGUAGCGGACGCGAGUUGCAGAUCGUGUUAUGGUGUGUACAGACCUAAAGGUACGGUUUCUGUGGUGCGACUGCGACUGCGACUCGCGGCUGAAACCUAAAAG